UUUUCAUUUUUUUCUCAAUUAGAAAGGGAUUUUCAUUCAAUUCGAUUCGAUCCCCUCAAAACCCAUAACUUUGUUCACUCUAUAUAUCCCUAAUAGGACUCGAUUCCCCAAAACAGAUAUUUUUGCUUCAUCUUUCUCAUUCGGUAGUUCUAACUACUUUGGCUUCAGUUUAAACAAAGAUGCCUGAGGGAAUAACAGCAGAAGGUCUUUUGGACAACAUCAUGGAACAAUUUGCAGAUAAUGUACCAAAACAGAAAUCAGUAUCGUUCUUUGAGGAAGACAAAUCAGACUCUGUUAGUUCCCAGUUCAAUAGAUUGUUUGGGCGCCAGAAAACAAUUCACAAUAUCUUUGGGGGUGGAAAAUCUGCUGAUGUGCUUUUGUGGAGGAAUAAGAAGAUUUCUGUAGGUGUGUUGGCCAGUGCUACAGCCAUCUGGAUUCUCUUUGAAUGGCUAAACUACAAUUUUCUUUCUCUUGUCUGCUUUGGCUUGGGACUUGGCAUGCUUGCACAGUUUGUUUGGUCAAAUGCUUCUGGAUUAAUGAGCAGGUCUCAAUCUAGGGUUCCUCGACUUGUUCUACCUCAAGAGCUAUUUGUCAAUAUUGCAACAUCAGUUGGCCAUGAGGUGAACAAGGCUCUCGGGUUUCUUCAGGAUGUUGCAGUUGGAGGAAACAUGAAACUGUUUCUUGGGGCUGUGUCGAGCUUAUGGUUUGCUGCUAUUAUCAGCAGCUGGUGCAAUUUCUUGACACUGGUUUAUAUUGGGUUUGUUGCGGCACAUACGUUUCCAGUAAUAUAUGAGAAGUAUGAUGAUCAGAUUGAUGACUUUGUGUACAACGCGUUGGACCAUCUUCGCAAUAACUACAAGAAGCUAGAUACUGGUGUUCGUAGCCGUAUCCCAAAAGGACAAUUCAAGGGGAAGAAGCAUGAAUGAAUAGAUAUUAUUGAUGGUCAUAGUAGUAGUAGUGGUUGAUGUUUGUAUUCAUCUGCAAAGAUUGUGUUGCUAUUAUUGAAGUCAAGCAUUUUGUAGUUUUGAAAGAUGCAAUGUUGUUUUAAUUUAAAGAAUCACUCUUUAUUUACUUAAUGAAUUAGAAAUAACUUUGAAUGUGGAUUA